UUAUUGGUUCCUACCCAAACAAACAAAGCUCAGCUAGUGGUGCUCUUUUGCAACACGACGUUUCACUGCCCCGUUUCCAGCCAGCAGGUCCCUUGUAACGAACCGGAGCCUGAACCGGUGUGUUCAGGGGACUCAGCUCUCUGUGUGGAACGUUCGCUAACCGAUGACUUGCUUGUCAUCUUAGUCAUUGCGCAACAGUGGCAGCAGCACAGCUAACAGCCACACACUUUCUGUCUCCAAACACCACCCGACUCCUCCACACGGCGGGGCAGAGAUGACAAGCGACCUGGCCGCCACAUUGUGCUCCUCAGUACGUGCUCUAUAGGCGGGUUUCAGCGCCGGCUUGGCCCCCGUUUGGAGCGGUUCAGAUGGUGAGAGAGAUUUGUUGAGUCAAGCUAGCUACCAGCACACUAAGCAGCCCGUGGGUGCCUUGUAAAUUAGUCCCCCUGCGUGUUGCCCGGCUGUCUCAUCCUGGACCUUUCCAGACGCCGUCACUAUGAGUGCCAUGCGUGUGGACGCCAAAGUGGUGAUGCUGGGAAAGGAGAGUGUGGGCAAGACAAGCUUGGUGGAGAGAUACGUUCAUCACCGCUUCUUGGUCGGUCCAUAUCAGAAUACCAUCGGUGCUGCUUUUGUUGCCAAACCAAUCCAGGUGGGAGAGAAAGUGAUUACACUGGGAUUAUGGGACACAGCUGGAUCAGAGCGCUACGAAGCCAUGAGCCGGAUCUACUACAGAGGAGCUCGAGCAGCCAUUGUCUGCUACGAUCUGACUGACAGCAGCAGCUUCCAGCGUGCUCGGUUCUGGGUCAAAGAGCUGCAAAACUGCGAGGAGCACUGUAAGAUCUACCUGUGCGGCACGAAGAACGACCUGAUCACAGCCGACCGGAGCCUGCGCCAGAUCGACUACCACGAUGCUCAGGACUUCGCUGAAGAGAUCGGCGCUCAGCAUUUUGAGACGUCCAGUAAAACAGGAAACAACGUGGAUGAGCUGUUCCACAAAGUUGCGGAGGAUUACAACAACACUGCUUUCCAGUACAUGACAGAGGAAACGGGUGUCGACUUGGGUCAGAAGAAAGACUCUUACUUCUACUCCUGUUGCCAUAACAACUGAUGCUGAGCAGCACACACAAAAAAAAAAGAAGGGAAACGGGAAUGCCACCUUUCCUGGGCUGGAGUCAAACCUUUCAUUGCUGGAAAAAGGAAUCAAACAAUACUGUUUGUAACCUGUAAUAUAUGUUAAUUUCCUUUGUGCCAUAAAGAACUGAUGCCUGAAGAUGUUAUGGAGGAUGAUCUGCUACUCUGAAACUGAUAUGAGGGAUUUAAAGACGUUUCUCUCAUGUUUUAUUCCAACAUGGAAUGGUCGCUUUUCUGUAGGAAACGUGGAGUAAACCUCCGUAAAACUGCAGCUUUAAGCAGUCGGAAGCUGGAGAUGCUGAAACAGUGCUGGGACUUCACAUCCUGUCAGAAAUCCUGAUGGAUGUAGUUAAUGGUUGGACCGAGCGCAGAGCUUUCAGGAAGGUGAAAGGUUUGUUUACAUUUGUUCAUUUUCUUUACCUCUAGUUUUUAAUCCUGUUGGGAAAAUUUGUCUUUCAAAGGAGGCUGUGAAAGUGAGAUAAGUGAGAAGUGGUGUCACCAAAAACCAGAACACUCCAUUAUAUCUUAAAAUACCCCACAUGAAGCAUCUGCAAAGCUACUAAAAUCUUAAUGGAGGCCUUUAUAAGAGCAGUACAAAUGGCAGGUUAAUGAGCGUUUCGGUUCAGGAGCUUCGACUUUUUGCCACAUGACAGCCGUGGAUGUAUAAACGAGAGCUGAUAGACCAAUCAGCCCUGCUGCCAUUUUAACAAAAAGCCACUCAUUUCAACUUUUCCACCAAAGACAGAACAAGUAGAACUGCAAACAAGGUGAAAGGUGUGUUUUUUCACAUCUUUGUCACCACAAAUGCAAAACCAAAAAUGCACGUUGCCUGGUGAAGAGGCGGCUUAAAAGGAUGAGUCCCUUAAAUUUACUCAUAAAAAAGGUAAGAAAACUCAAAUGUUUGAUACUUUCCAUAACUCAUAAAAGCCAUUUUUAUAUGCUUGUCAUCCAAGUUUAAGCAAGGCGCCACGGCAGGAAAACACUAAUACACACUGUGUUGCACAACUAAAAAUAUCGUCUUCAAUGCAAAUCUGAUGCAUUAACUUUUGCAACAUAAGCUAAAAUUCAGUCAAAAGGUACAAAAACGGGCCGUUUUUAAGGGGAUGGUUACUAAAAAUGCCCAGAUCUCUGUACAGUUACUUUGCAUGACCUUAGCUGCCUGAUAAAAACAACUUGGCUGAAGGUAUUUCUCCAUUUAUUUUUUCUGUUUUAGAGUUCUGAAUGUGUACGCCACAUAAUAAAAUAUGCAUCAAGAUCUUGUAAUCAUUUAAAGCAACUGAGCAUCAAAAGGUUUCCAGGAAACAUUAAACUCUCCAGAAGGACGAUGACAUUUUUCCAUCCACCGUGGUGAUAAAUGACAGAUUUCAUCCACACAGGAAAAAGCCUUUUGGGUGAAUGUUGUAAUGUUGCACAACCUCUCAUCACUUGGUGUCCUCAGAUCAACAUUUAUAUUUAACUCUUGAGUUGCUAUUUUAAUUCCUUUUAAGUUGUGCUGCAGUUUGGACAUGAGGGGAAAUAAAUGGACACAUCUCAGUUUCUCUUUGUUACUGUCUUACAUGUUGACAUUGUGAUGCACAAUAAUUUUAUUUAAGGCUGUAAAAAGAGAAUGGUGUCCGGAUAUGUUCUGUAAAAUAAAAAUGCUUCUUGAAUGUUUUGAAGUGCUGACAAAUUAAAUAAGAUUUUAUUGAUUGA